AGACGAGCUCUGGUCCUUUUUCGUUCUUUCUCUGUUGUGCGCCCUCACUCUUUCUGGCUUGUCGAUUAUUUGCUGGGUUUACUCUUGUUGCCCUUGAUGCCCAUGUUGCCUUUCUCUUAGGUAUUGUAUCAGUGAAACAUUACCAAGUUCCUCUGGCAGGCCGAUUCGAUAAUCUCUUAGCCCAGUCUGUAACUCUCCACUCAUUCCUCCUAGCCAUGAAUGACAGGACAAGGGGAGUAAGAUAGUAUAUCGACCACCAUGUCUGUCCCUCAGCCUCUGCCGAACCAGAUCCUGCAAAACCACCCGCAUCGGCCUUCCUUAACGGCUUACUCUGAGACUUCCCGUGCCUCGUCUGAUCUUUCUUUACUUCAACAGCCCUUUCCCUCCCUCCCAGACCAAUCCCAAUCCCAAUCCCUUGACCUUGACCGUGAUUCGGCUCAAGCCCUAUCGGGUUCGAGAAACACGAAGAAGCUUGUCAUCGACAGCUCUGCCGUUAUACCGCCCGUCCGGUCCAUUCGACGCAAGCCGCUGUCGUCGACCGCGUCACCAAUCGCCACUAGGUACUCUUCUGGAGCGUAUCUCGCCAUUGCAAAGGGGUUGCCUGGGCCAGACCAACGGUUCUCCCGCUCUUUUUCAGUUGACAGUCCUACCGUUUACGAGUUUCCUCGCCCUCCGGUUGGCCCGCUAGUUAAACCUGGAUUGGAAUCUCCCUACGAUUUUAUAAUCCAGAGUAGCAGAGAGAAACCUCUCGAGACUCGCCAUCCUUUAGCUUCUGUCGACUCCAGCCCGGCUGUUACAGCGGGUGAAGUCGAACGCCCAAGUUCUCAGGGUAGUAACCUUGCCCUUUCUCAAACACGUCACACCACCGACUUGUCGCAACAUCACGAACGGACCGCCUAUGACGAUUUCUUUAGUGACGAAGACGAGGAUCCGCUAAGUGACAAUAUUCUCGACGGAUACAACUCAGAUUCGUCGGAUAAUAAUAAUUCUAAUUCUGUUUAUUCUAAUACUAUGUCGUUGCAUAUCACCCGGAAAACCACACCCCCACAGUUGAAUCUCAAGUUAGACGAUACGUCGUUGACUCCAAAGGCCGACAGAAACGACAUUAGGUCACCCAAUACUGAUAAACCCUUACCGAAAUCACCCGGCUCGUCAAAGCUAGGAACGUUCUUUGGCUGGACUUCGCCUUCGAAUACAGAGGCGUCAGACAAAGGAUAUUCGGCUCUUCCAUCACCCUUUAACUUUUCAAAGGCGACUAGUGUUACCGAUGCAUCCCCAGUCACAACAAUCGGACCACAAUCACUACUGGACGCCCCCAAAGCAUUGUUCGGAUCUCCAAAUUCAAGGGACUACUCCGAAUCUUACCUGGCAAUACCACCAACCGCUACGAUACCACCACAAUAUCAAAUCGAAGAUAUGGAAGAUGAACUAAAGGCCAUCUCGGCCGAAUUGGCAGCUUCAAUUCGGCGCGAGAUGGACCUAGAAGACUUGGUAGACAGACUACAAGUAGAGAGGGACAACCCUACGACGGUUGGAAAUAAGAGAACCAGUGAUUACUUUUCUGAUUCGGGAUACAGCUCCGCUAAGCUAAGCGAGUAUGACCAAUCAAGGGAAGAGAUAGAGAAAAUUCAGAGGAGAUCAGAGCAGGAGAAAGCCCAGAUUAGGCUCGAGUUGACUAACAAACUCCAGGAUGAGAGGUCCAGGAGACAACAGCUGGAUGUGCAGAUCAAAGAGCUUUCAGAAAGGGCAUCCCAAAUCGACCUCGCAAAAGUCAACAAUGUUGAUACAACUGGACGUGUUAAGGAAUUAGAAAGUACCUGCGAAACUUUGCGGCGCAAGCUUACCGAAGAGCGCCAAGUCAAAGAUAACUUUGAAGACUUACUCGCAGCGCUCAAGGGCGAGCUCGAAAAUGCCUCCAACCAACGCGACAACCUUCGUGACGAGGUCGUCCCCCAGCUUCGAGCACGUGUGGAAGGUCUCGAAGCACAAGCGUCGGAGCUAGAGAAGAUGACAUAUGAAUCGACAAAGAUGCAGCAAGAACUUCAGGCUCUGAAGAACGAGAACUCAUCAUUGAAACAGACCCAACCCAACCCGAUGGGCACUAUCUCUGAAGAUACGGUAUCUGCUGGGUCCCGGUUAUCCCGAUCCAAUUCCUUAACCGGCCCUCCGCCGUCCUUCAGGCUUCAAAGAGCGCCCUCGGGCCUGACAAGAUCCAAGUCAGUUAAGUCAUCUGAAUCUCGGGAUCAGCUAUCAGAGCGGCUUAAGGACGUCGAAGAGCAACGAGAUGCUUUGCACAGGGCUCUAAGAAAUCUGUUGGAUAGGCAAGAAUAUCAGAAUAAGGAGAACCAAAAGAAGAUACAAGCCCUUGAGAUGGAGCGUGAUCGUCUUCUAACCCAGUCACCACAGAAAGCCGGCUUCCAAAAAGAAAUAUCUAACCUUAGAUCUGAGAUUACCAUCUUGCGCCGGCGAGCUGAUGAGGCGCUUGAACAAAAGUGGCAAGUAGAGAAAGGACUCGGAGGUCUUAAGAUGGAUCUUGAUCGAGCCGAACAGGAGAUAGCAUCUCUUAGAAGCUUGCUUGACGAGAAAGAUAUUCUAAUCCCACCGUCUAUCUCACGCCUGAGCAACGGAAGCGACAAAUUUGCACCCCCAGUAACAUCAGAUUCUCUAGCACUAGCCUAUGAAGAUCUCCAGAAGGCGUAUGCUAACUCUCUUGAACGUAUUAAAAAGCUUGAGGCUAGUAGUUCAGACGAGUUUACAAAGCUUGCGAUGGAGAAGCUUGAGCGGGCACUGUCUUCUACAAUCUCAGAGCGUGACAUUGCACGCCAAGAAGCGACGUCGUAUGAGGAGCAGCUCGAAGCCCUUAAGGAAGGCGAACGAGUUUAUCUCGAAUCCGAAAAAGCACUGGCCGACGAGCUGAGCGAAUCGGCUCGUCGCGUCGAAGAACUAGCUGUUCAAGUCCGUCAGCAGUUAGCUACUAAUCAGACUCUACGUCAAAGAAUCUCGGAUACCGUGGCUCGCGGUGAAGCUGAGCAGAGGGCCAAUAAGGACCGCAUUGCCGCAAUGCAGGUACACCUCCGGAAUCUUGAGGAGAAAUUAGAGGCCGCGCAAAAUGCUUCCGAAGACCGGAUCGCACGAUACGAGGAAGAUAUAUCUAACAUGAGGGCCAGCCACAACGAGCAGCUAAAACGGAUGCGAGACGGCCUACGUUCUCCCCGUACAUUCCCGCCGAAGUCACCUUUGUCCCCCUUUUUCUCAGGUCCAAAUGCUCGGUCUCCUCGUCUCAGCACUACGCGCUCCGGCUCAGUUAUCAAGGUAUCGGAUGAUGCCCAAAUUGACCACCUUCGCGCACGUGUCGCCGAGCUCGAAAAUGCUCUAACCGAUGCGGACGCCGAGAUGCAGCAGGUUGUCGGCCGCAUGAAUACUGCUCAGAUCCAAGUCAUGGAACUGCAGGAAGAGCGCGAGGCAGCCGUUAGCCAAACGCGAAAGCUGGAGAGGGAGCUCCAGGCCGAAAAGGUGAAAGCCUUCGAGGGGCGAUUCAAGAGCUUGCAGGUAUAGACCUUUGGCUCAUUGACCAAAUUUGUAAGAUGCACAUCUUUACCUACAUAUUACGAUUCCAUGAAAGUCAAUAUGGGCGCACGCCCAUGUGUACUACUUUUCCUUCCUUCUUGGCAUUUACAGGAAUCAGGCAUCCUACACGUUGGGUAUGGCAGCGCGCUCACCUGGAUUCAGCAUCGGGCGUUUGUAUUAAGCAUCACCUUGGUUUACUGUUUAUAGCUAUUGUAUUUUUUGAGCGGUCGAACCUGGCCGACCACCUAUUGUAUAAUGAUCG